CUAAUACGCGCGAGGUAUAGGGAGCUUACUCAUCGUCAUCUAACCCUCACGCUCCAUGUCUUACAGGCCCACGGCUGGCUAGUCAACUUCGACAAAAGCCAUCUACAACCAACCCAACGCCUGCAGCAUCUAGGGGCAAUGUUAGACACACUGCAAGCGACUGUGUUCCUGUCCCCAGAUCGCAUCACCGCUAUCACAGACAUCGCAAGGUCUCUGAUGCACAAAACAUCUGCAGAUGUCAUGCUUCUAGCCAGGGCUCUCGGAAUGUUGGUGUCCACCAUCCAUAUUGUGCCAUGGGCUCGGGCACAUACGCACCAGCUACAGUGGGCCCUGUUGCCGUUCCAACAUGACAUUGCGAACUCAAACCAUCGAGCAAUCCCCCUGAGUCCCACUCUGCGCUUGUCAUUCCGCUGGUGGACAAAGGUACAACAUCUCGCCCAAGGCACUCCGUUCAGAGAACCCCACCGGACUGUCAUUACCACCGAUGCCAGUCUCCUUGGUUGGGGAGCCCACUGCAACUCCCAGUUCAUUCAGGGAGUUUGGGACACAGCAGAGCAAGCUCAAAACAUCAACUGGCUGGAACUAAAGGCUGUCCACUUAGCUCUGCUUCAUUUUCAGUCUCUCUUCCUCUUGGAUCAUGUCCUCAUUCGAACGGACAACACGUGUGCCAAAUCUCAUUUAAACAGACAGGGAGGCACCAGGUCCAGGCCUCUACAGAACCUAGCUUCCCUCAUAUUCGACUGGGCAGAACAACAUCUGCAAUCCCUCAAAGCAGAACAUCUCAGAGGAAUUUUGAAUGUCACAGCAGACUGGCUCAGCAGACAACAAGUCUUGUCGGGAGAAUGGAAACUUCAUCCGACUGUGUUCCAUCUUCUCCAGCGUCGAUUCGGCCCCUUCUCAAUCGACCUGUUUGCUUCCAGUCGCAAUUGCCAGCUACCCAGGUACUUUGCUCAAUACCUGGACACGACAGCGGAAGCGGUGGAUGCUCUGUCACUGCCGUGGCCGGAGGGCCUAUUAUACGCCUUCCCUCCAAUACCACUAUUAGCCAAAACCUUGCGGAAGGCACGUCGCGAGAAGGCACAGCUGGUUCUGAUAGCACCAUUUUGGCCCCGUCAACCGUGGUUCUCGGAUCUCCUUGCACUGUCGGUGACGGAUCCCUGACCACUUCCAGUCAGGCCAGAUCUCUUAUCACAAGGUCCAGUAUGGCAUCAGGACCCCAAGUGGCUCAACCUAACAGCGUGGCUUUUGAACGGGGACAUUUGAGAUCGGCUGGCCUGUCAGACGCUGUUAUUGACAUUAUUUUGGCCUCGAGAAGACCAUCCACCACUCAUAUAUACCAACAUACUUGGGUAGCGUUCUCCAGGUGGUGUCAGUCCCAACACAUCGAUCCUUCCAAGGCUAUAGUACAACAAGUGCUGCAAUAUCUUCAUAGGGGCCCCAUGCUGGGACUUAGACCCAACACAUUGCGUCUACAUGCGUCCACUCUGUCGUCCAUUCUUUCAGUAUCUUCCACUGAUGCCCCUAUUGCCUCACAUCCGUUUAUCAAACGCUUCCUCAGAGGCACUGCUCUACGCUCGCCGGCUGUAGCUCACCGUUUUCCAUCAUGGAGUUUGUCAAAGGUUCUGCAGGCCUUACAACAUCCUCCGUUUGAGCCACUCAGGACUGUGCCUUUACGUCUGUUGUCUUUCAAGGUCCUGUUCCUGAUUGCAAUUACAUCGGCGAGAAGAGUCUCGGAACUGGGCUCAUUGUCUUCUGCUCGCCACCUCUGUGUCUUUCACAGGAUUCUGUUGUGCUGAAAACUGAUCCUUCCUUCCGUCCCAAGGUCAAUUCAGUUUUCCACUGCAACCAGGACAUUGUUCUACCUUCAUUUUGUCCGAAUCCUACUCAUCCUCUCGAGAAGGCUUGGCAUUCGUUGGAUGUUCGGAGGGCUCUCAAGACCUACCUGUCCAGGACCCAGGAUAUACGACAGACUGAGUCUUUAUAUAUCUCUUUGGACUCGCUGUGAAUGAACUGGAGAGUGGGAGGGGCCUGACGCCCUGGUCUUGACUUCAGAAACAUUCUUGCCUUCGGACGAUAGGACAAGCUAUAAUCCAGCAUGAUGGGAUUCCUCCUAUGAAAAUCACCCUUCAGAUCCACAGUCUGACCAGUGAUCCUUCAGCAGUGGAGUUUUUAUCCUGACAAUGUGACAGCAGCUUUAAU